AUAAAUCCACAGAUCUCCAUUUCUGCAACGCACCACCAACAAUGGCGACCUCCACUUCCCUCUCCUUCUUCUACUCUGUUCUCUUCCUCCUCCUCUCCUCCGCCAUCGCAGCAACCUCCUUCCGCCCCAAAGCUCUCGUUCUUCCGGUCACCAAACACCCUUCUCUCCAGUACAUUACCCAGAUCCGGCAGCGGACCCCUCUGGUUCCGGUGAAGCUCACCGUCGACCUCGGUAGCCAGUUCAUGUGGGUGGACUGUGACCGUGGCUACAUUUCCUCCACCUACAAGCCUGCACGUUGCCGCUCCGCUCAGUGCAACCUUGCUUCCAAGUCCAGCGGCUGUGGCCAGUGCUUCUCGCCGCCAAGACCCGGCUGCAAUAACAACACGUGCAGUCUGUUCCCUGGGAAUACCAUUAUUCAUCUCUCCACUAGCGGCGAACUCGCCUCCGACGUCGUCUCUGUUUCCUCCACCGACGGUUUCAAUCCAACCAAGCCCGUGACGGUCCCGAAUUUCCUCUUUGUCUGUGGGACCACGUUUCUCCUCGACGGCCUCGCCGGCGGCGUAACCGGAAUGGCCGGAUUCGGACGGAACGGGAUUUCUCUCCCAUCCCAAUUCUCCGCCGCCUUCAGCUUCAACAGAAAAUUCGCCAUUUGCCUGAGCGGCUCCACCAGCUUCCCCGGCGUAAUCUUCUCCGGUAACGGCCCAUACCAUUUCUUACCCAACAUCGACCUAACCGAUUCCCUCACAUACACCCCACUCUUCAUCAACCCCGUCAGCACCGCCGGCGUCUUCACCACCGGCGAAAAAUCCACCGAAUAUUUCAUCGGCGUAAAAUCCAUCGUCAUCAAUUCCAAAACCGUCCCACUCAACACCACCCUCUUAAAAAUCGACAGCAACGGCGUCGGCGGAACCAAAAUCAGCACCGUCGAUCCAUACACCGUUUUAGAAUCCUCAAUUUACAACGCCGUGUUGAAAACCUUCACGACGGCGCUCAAAAACAUUCCAAGAGUGGCGGCGGUGGCGCCAUUCGGAGCUUGUUUCAAUGCGAAGAGCAUUUCCAGCACCCGAUUGGGACCAGGCGUGCCGUCGAUUGAACUGAUUUUGCAGAACAAGAAAGUGAUUUGGAGAAUAUUCGGCGCGAACUCGAUGGUGCAUGUGAAGGACGACGUGCUGUGCUUGGGGUUUGUGGACGGCGGCGUGAACCCACGAACCUCGAUCGUUAUUGGGGCCCACCAGAUUGAGAACAAUUUGCUUGAAUUUGAUUUGGCCACUUCCAGACUUGGAUUUAGCGCCACUCUUCUGGGUCGGAUGACCACGUGUGCUAAUUUCAAUUUUACCUCUAAACCUUGAUUAAUUAGUCUUAAUUAAAUGUUUAAGGUACCCCUUAAUAAGUGUUGCUGCUUUUCAUGCUUCAAUAAUUUAUGGACAUGAAUAUUUAACCAUGCUUUUCUUUAA